AUUUAAUAUACACACAUUUUAUUCACUGAAAACCAGCAAACGGACAGAAAAUAAACAAAGUGCCACAGAAAGAUAACAAUUCCCUGCACAUUGGUGGCACUUUCACGUGGAAUCAGCCGUGUGUUUGGAGCGGCGUCUGGCACCACCUACACCUAGCAACCCUGGCAGCGACGUAUACCUUUUAUGCGCAUAAAAAAGUGAAGAAUCGGUCGGAGCGGAGACGAAACGCCUGAAUUUACACAUGAAUCUCAUAUUGAAGUAACCCAAAAAUAGCAUUUAACCGUGCAGACACUCCAGAUCCAUCGAAAGCGCGACGUGGCAGUGAAUUUCGUUAACUAUGCGAGCGCACAAAAGUAAAAAGAAACUUCCGCAGACGUCAGCAAGUACCGUUUGCCAGGCCCAGUAAAGGAAGUAAUAAGUAAAUAAAAGAGCUCUGUGCCACCGAGCCCUGGAUAUAAAGUAAAAUUAUAAAAGGCAAAAGCGCGAAGUGACCAAUUAAUUUGAGAGCGGCAAUUGUGGGCGGCAGCGAGUGCCGUUGUCAUGCAUUUUGUUACACAGCAGCGGGCACAGCAGCAGAACCAGCACCACCAGCAGAAGUCCACAUCCUCGUCGAGCUCCUCGCUGGCCUCCUCCUCCUCCUGCUCCGGAUCGGGUUCGGGAUCAGGAUCAGGAUCAGGAUCGGGUACUGGUACAGGUCUUGGAUCGCGCCUGGUCACCUUGCGCAAGUCCUCCAGCCAGGGUGCACUGCCCAAGUCCUUGGCCACCGCCCAGAGCCUGUUCCAUCGUCCUUCGCACAGCAAGCACAAACGCACUGCCAGCUUAAAUGCGGCGCCCAUGAUUAAAGAUAUUGAUAUAAACAACCCAACAACAUCAAGUGUAACCAUAACCACUGCAACUGCCGAUAAACCGAGCAGUAGCAAGACCCCUGCCAAUGCCAACAUGAUACCCGAGACCACCCAGCCCGAUCAGCUCCAGUCACAGUCAGCAUCACUGUCACCGUCACCGACCCAAUCACAGUCACAGUCACAGAGCCAACCGGUCCAGGAUUCCCCAGAGCCGAAUCCUUCCCAGCAGCAGCAACAGCAGCAGCAGCAGGAGGAGGAGGAACUGACAGAUGCCAGAUCCGCUGAAAGGACAACGACUGCUGGUAGCAAUGGUGGCGACAGGCGCGAUUCCAUCACCGAAGAGAUUACGAUUACAAGCACCACAAACGGCACACUGAGCACCAAACUUCUAACCAUACAGGAAGCUACCGGUAGCUUAGAGAACAACAGCAGCGUCUCCAUAUCGUUGUCCUCCAAACAGAACGCUUCCACAGUUCCAGCCACAGCCGGUGGAUCUCCUCCUCGUGCCGCUAGUCUCUCCACGCAGCGAAAUGAAUCCUCGGGCAGCAACCAUAGCUUAACCCAGGCCACCUCUUCCACUAGUCCUCCCACUUCCAGUACAGCUGCCCAGGGAGUCACGCCCAGCAUUAAUAUAGUGGGCAGCGAAUCGAGUCGAGAUCAGAAGGAACAGAGCAUCGAUUCCAACGGAUUUACCGCCCCCGGUGGCUCCUGCACGGACAGUCCCAGCAGCCGGAAGAGUUCCACCAGCUCCAAGGGCAAGGGCGCCAGUCAAGCGAAGUUAUCCACAUCCAGCAACGGACGCGACGAGCAGGACACCACCCAGCACCGUCUGAGCGAUCUGACACCGCACGAACUGAGUCUGCUGCGCGUCGAUAGGGAGCAGCAGGUGACCAGCAGCAGUUCCACAUCCAACGAGAAGCCAGCCAAGCCCUCGCGUCUAUCGGAGCGGGCCAAAAAGAAGUCCUGGUACAACGUCAUCUAUCCCAAUUAUAAAUCCCGGGCCGAGGAUUUCAAGAAGCUCUUCAAGGACGUGCCCAACGAUGAGCGUCUGAUUGUGGAUUACUCGUGUGCCCUGCAGCGUGACAUCCUGGUUCAGGGUCGUCUGUACGUUUCACAGAACUACGUUUGCUUCCAUGCCAACAUCUUCAGCUGGGAGACCUACGUGAGCAUCAAGUGGAAGGAUGUGACGGCCAUUACCAAGGAGAAGACAGCCUUGGUCAUACCCAAUGCCAUUUCAAUAGCCAGCGGCAAGGAUAAAUACUUCUUUGCCACAUUUACCUCACGUGACAAGAGUUUCUUGAUGCUCUUUCGCGUCUGGCAGAACACGCUGAUGAACAAGCAGUUCUCGCCGCAGGAGAUUUGGAAAUAUGUGCACAACUGUUACGGCGAGGAGCUGGGCCUGACCACCGACGACGAGGACUACAUCGAUCCCACGCUGGAUAACGACAACGAGACGGAUUUCGACUUCCAGACGGCCAUCGAUGACGAUAGCCAGUCGCAGCGCCAGUCGCAGCAGUCAAAUCAGUCCAAUCAGUCGAAUCCCCAGCUGCCACAGAGCGGCAACAGUAGCGCCAGCAGCGGCGGUGGAGCCGUCAGAGCCAGUGCUCCGCGAAAGUCCAAGACGAAAUACUUCUUCAACUCCUCCAAAUCCUCGGCCAACGCCUCGGCCAGCGGUUCCGAUAACAACAAGACCAGGGAAAGCUCACGCAAGCUGAAUAAGAAGAUGAAGCAAAACGCCAAGGAGCUGACUCUCAGCUCCGUCAAGCCCGCUGAGCAGUCGGUGAGCGUCACCAUGGCACCGGUGACCAGUGCCAGUAGCAGCAGCACUGCCGGCUCCACCACAGCCUCCACCACCACCAUCGCCAACCACACCGCGGGCUCUGGCUCUGGAUCGGUUUCGGGAUCGGGCACAGCUGCUGCCAGCAGCAGUGGUAGCGAUAAGAAGAGUGCGGAGAAAAAGGUCAGCACGAGCUCAAACUCAUCCGCAAUAGCAGCUGCUACAGCCGCAACAUCCGCUGCCACAUCCGUUUCCGGCGCCACGGCAAUGGAAUCGAAGCUGGAAUCAAAACGUAAGCCAAGUAAAAAAGGUGGCAAAAAUAUUGACGAGACUGUUCCCACGGAUGUCUCUGAUUCGUCCGACUCUGAGGAGAAUAAUGUGCCAUUUGUGCCCAGCACAGAGUGCACCUCGACGCACGAAGGCCGCCAGAUCGUCCACACCAUUCUGCCCAUUAGCGUGGACACACUGUUCAAUUUGCUAUUUAGCAAGUCCAAAUUUAUCACUGACUUCCAUGCCAUGCGCAAGUCAACGGACCUCAUCAUGGGCGAAUGGUCCAAGAACGACGAGGGUCUCAAUGUGCGCACAGUGAACGUCACAGUUCAAUUGGCCGCCUCUGUGGGACCCAAGACCUCAAAGGUGACCGAAUAUCAAACAAUGCGGGAGUGUAGCAAGCCGGGCGAACUGUAUUCCAUAGACGUAAAUAGUGUUAAUGCAGGCAUUCCAUAUGCGGACAGUUUCAGUGUGCUCAUACACUUCUGCCUGGCCAGAACUGUUGAUGAUCACACGAUGCUAUCGAUUCACACUCAGAUCAAGUACAAGAAAUCAAUUUGGGGCGUCGUCAAGGGUUUCAUCGAGAAGAACACGUGGGCAGGUCUGGAGGACUUCUUCGGUGCCCAAUUGCAUGCACUCCAGAGCGAGACUUGCAUUCCGCCUGCCAAGGGCAAGGGACGUAGGCCGCGAAGAGGCAUAAACCAACAAUCGGCAACAUCAUCAGCAAAAACAACGGCAACCAGUACGGACAAUGACAGCAUCAAAGAGGCCCCACAUAAACCCCAUGAGAUGACGCCGCAUCCCGCUCAGCAUCAGCACCUGCACAUGCAUCAUCAUCAUCAUCAUCACAGCGCCAGCCAGUCGAGUCAUCAGCAGCACAGAGAAAAUGAGCACAGGCACUCGCACCAUCAUCAUCAUCAUCAGCAUCAGCAUCAGCAUCAGCUUAACCAUCAUCAGCAUCCCCAUUGGCAUCAUCGUAAGGCUAUCUUUCAGUCGAGCAGCAGAGGUACCGCCACACAAAUCCGACCCCUGGAGGAGGCAAGCGGCACGACCCAAGCCGGCAGCAUGGCUGGCCAUUCCGGUGGCGACUCCCUGGAGACCCAAUUGCUCUCGGCGGGAGGUGUCCCUGGGGCGGCAGUCGGCGCCGCCUCCAGUCAUCCGCUGCUGCUCGAAGGCGGCAAGCUGCAGCAGCAGCAGUUGCACCAUCAUCACCAUCACCUGCAGCAUCAACAGCAGCAGCAACAUCACCACCAACAGCAGCAGCAGUUGCAUUUGGGAGGCGGCGCCGGCGAUGGCCAGCAGCUGGCGAUGGGUCCAGGCCCUAAGCACGGACACAGCAGACUCAAACACAAGGGCUUGUCGUUGUUGGUUAUACUGUUGCUGUGCUUGAUGCUGGCAUUAAAUGUGAUAUUAUUACUUAAGCUCUGGAAGCUGGAGGAACGGAUUGAUGUGGAUCUCAGUCGGCGGGCGAGAUUGCCCAGUUUGGCGGCCUUAAAGGAACUACCAAACACGAAUCAGGAAUGGUUGGAGCUGCUGCGCGACCAGGAGAUGGCGCACGAGGAUGAGUUGCACAAGUGGCAACAGGUGCUGCAGACGGCCAUCGAUCUGCUGAAAAAGACUGAAAGAACUUUGGCUGAAAUAAUUGUACGCUAGCAGAAAAUAUUUCAUAAAAAAAAAACGAAAGUUGUUGUGCAAUUUAAAUUAAAACCCAGUCCAAUUGUCUUCGACACACAAGCUACCAAAACACCCAAGCAAAAAAGAAGAAAUCUGAAAUUGAAUUUGAAAUUCAUCUUAAAUUUAGUCACAAGCCCAAUAAUACACACAGAUUGGUCAUGGAUUCGUAUUUAAUUUUACGUUUUAUGUUUAAGAAAGUGCAACGUGUAAGUUACAAGUCAUAAAUAGCUGCAUUUUAGUUAGAUUAGAGCAAUUGUUUUCGUUUUUAAACACGGCAUUUAUGUUUGCUUGGCUUUGCUUUAGACAAAUGUAUCUACGAAUUCCUCAAGUAUUUCAUAUCUCACAACACAUACCAAAAAAAAA